AUAUUGCCCGCAAAGAAGGUCCGUGCCGCGGGGCAGCACUCGACGCACUUACGUGUAGUCACAACGGCGAGUCCUCGGAGUUAAAGGAGUGACCCAGAUUCCCAGAGAUGCGAUAAAAUGUUACCGCCGAGCGAAGGAACCGCAGUCGUGCUCCAUGUUGACGGACAAGUAGCGGAGUUCGCCGUCGCUUCCACCCUGUAGCUCAAACUUUCGUCAGAGUUGGGAAUCCACGCUAAAACAGCCAAAAUGGAGAAUCACGAAGGAGCGGCGGCGGUGGGCGACGGCGUGCUCGACUUCUCACGCCUGAGUCUGACCUCCUUCAGCGUCGACGGCGUCAGCAGCGACCGGAAACGGGACACGAAGCAGCUGUACCUGAACAACAACCGGCUCACCUCGCUCUCCUCGUCGCUCUGCCUCUUCUGGAACCUCGAGUUUCUGGACCUCAGCAACAACGGGCUGACGACCAUCUGCGAGGGCGUCACGCGCCUGCACGGGCUCAAGACGCUGAUCGCCAAGAACAACCGCCUGGACGAGCUCUCGCUGCCCAAAGACUUCGGCUCUCUGCAGCUGGAGGUGUUGAACUUUAGUGGGAACCGAUUCCAGGAGAUCCCGCUGCAGUGCAUGAAACUGCUGCGCUUGCAGUCGCUUUCACUCGGCGGAAACCGACUGAAGAGUAUACCUGCGGAGAUCGAAAACCUAGUCAGUCUUGAGCUGUUGUAUCUGGGUGGAAACCUCAUCUCAGCUAUUCCUCCUGAAGUGGCAAACCUGCCCUACCUCACCUACCUGGUUCUAUGUGACAACCGCAUCCAAAGUGUCCCACCACAGCUCACCAGGCUCCACUCACUCCGUUCUUUAAGUCUCCACAACAAUUUGCUCACUUACCUGCCGAGGGAGAUCCUCAGCCUGGUGCACCUGCAGGAGCUCAGUCUCCGAGGUAACCCACUGGUUGUGCGCUUUGUUAAGGAGAUGACCUAUGACCCCCCUUCGUUGCUGGAGUUGGCAGGACGUACAAUCAAAAGCCGAAAUAUUCCUUACUUCCCCUGCGACUUGCCCUCGAAUUUGCUGCGUUAUCUGGACCUGGCAAGCAAAUGCCCCAACCCAAAGUGUGCUGGUGUCUAUUUUGAUUCGUGCGUGCGCCAGAUCAAAUUUGUGGACUUCUGUGGGAAGUACCGGCUGCCCCUUAUGCACUACCUGUGCUCCCCAGAGUGCACAUCACCCUGCAAUUCCAACCCCCAAAGUGAUGCCGAGUCCGAGGACGAGAGCACGGUUCCUGCCGACCGCCUGCAGAGGGUGCUUCUGGGGUGAUGGGAAAUGGAGGAUCCUCUAAGCCCAGCUGUGCCAGCUACACACAAUACACACAAAUAUGCAACACACAAUGUGAAACGGUGGUCCUUUCUACUGUGGCCUUAAAAUACAAAAUCACAUUAUAUGGCUGCUGCUCCCUCUUAUGUCAGUUUACAUACCAUGAGUAAAGACAAUCUGUUAAUUCUCAUGGAGCCAUGCACCCAGUCAGUUAUGGCUCCAUAAAAGUGCUCAUCUCUUGGUCGAGCAUAUGAGGGCAGUAAAACUCCUCUUGGACUGAAGGAGCAGCGUUUUUUUAUUUUAUUUUUUUUUAUUUUCUAGGGCAGCACAAUUUUCUUUAAAACAAAACCUGGUGCUUUGUAGUCUCUUAAUUGUGUUUUAAAAGAGUUUGGAUAUGAACAGUUGGUUUUUGUCCAGAUACUGGAAAUGCACACGACGCUUUCAUGUAUAUUACUUUGACCAAGUCGGCAUUAAAGCUGCUUUCCUAAAAGGAUUUUUCAAGGAUGUCACCAGAAACUGACACUAGUUUAACUCAGUCCUGUAAAUGGAAUGUGUGCAAAGUAGGAGAUGGACUAAUUUACCCUGUGUUUGGUGAAGCUAGGCUCUUCCACGCGUUCCUAAGACCAAGGCAUAUGUGUUUUUUUUUUGUUUUUUUUUUUUUGUUCUGAACCACUUGGUAAUUGCAGACCAGCCGUGGCACGACGAGAAUAAUGGUUACGUGCGUAAGCAGAAGAAUGCUUGUCCAGGCUUACUCACAGGAAGUGGAAGUGGGGUGGACCAUGGAAAACCAUUCAUAGCGUUAGCGCUGAAACAAUAGCUAUUCAGAGAAACACAGUGGCAACUUUAUGUUCAGGGUCCAUGAUUUUCACAGAGACCGAUUAGUAUUUCUGAAACUGGGCUUCCUUCAUGUCUGAACAGAGGAACAUUUCUGUUCGACUUGCGAGAAAUCUAAUAAGAAUCAGAGUCAAUUAGUGAAGAGGAAAUCUCCCAGUGGAUUUACGUUAUAUGUUGAUGUUUAGGAAAUAGAAGAAUGCUAGAACCUGCCCUAGAACAAGUGCCUUACUAACUGUGACAUGUAACAGGGUGACGUUUUAGGGAUUUCUGGACUCACCAGGUUAAUCACACUAAAGACAAGAAGUGACCUUAAACACAACUAAAAGCUUUCAUGCAAAUCUCCAAUGCUAAACACUCUAUGUAUUUAAUGACCUGCAGAAUAGUGGCACUUAAACAAAGUAUAUUAAGAUGUAUUAAUUGUAUGUUCUAUUACCCCAUUCAGAUUGGAUAUGUAGAUUGUAUAAAAUAUAUUACAAUAAAGAUUGACAGUAACAUCUCUAAA